UAUGAGAGUGAUAAUUGAUGUUUCGAUAAUUAGUCAUUGAAUCACCUCCUCAGUGAAAAUCCCCUGAGACAUCUGCAUCUGGAGGUGCUAUAUACUCAUCCCAAUAGUCAUCCAAUCGAACUAGUUUAUUUUUAUCAGUUUUAUAACUCGUCUGGGAAAAAAAUCUUAAUUAUACUGCCGGGUAAAAAAAAUAAGUUUCCAAAACGUCAUAAACAAAUUAAAGGAACAUUAUGACAAAUAAACGUGUUGUACGUGAAGUGGAUAUUGUCACGUUUGAGGAAGUGAUAAGGAUGCAUAAAGAGAGAUAAAUAAUCCGAGAAUUUGGAAAGUCGCAAGCAACACCUUCUUUAGAGAGAAUCUAUGAAUUCCUGAAGAGCGUAUUCAUUACUGAAGUUGUGGUAUUGCAGUCUAACAGGAUGAGAACAAUAAUAAUUCUGGUGGUUGUUGAAAUUUUUGGAUUUGUAAUCUUUGCAUCUGAUCCAUGCCAAAAUUGUGAAGAGAUCUCCAAGAAAGUAGAGAAUUUCUCCAAUGAUAUUCAGAACGAAAUGGCGAAGACGCACAGGGGAAAUUUUGCGACCGCUCCUUUCAAUUUGUUUUCGAUCCUCACAAUGGUGACUUACGCAGUUUUUGGGAGAAGCAAUACACAGCUGAAAAAAGCAUUGCGCUAUGAUGAUUACAAAUGCCUUCGGAGAGCAUUGAUUUCAAUCGUCGAAAAACUCCACAAUGAAUCAUCUGGUUCUAUGGUAAUGAGCGCCCAGAUUUUUGUGGGUAAAAAUUACAGGAUUAAAUGGGAGUUCAAAAAAAUUACAAAUCCAGUUUUUCAAUUUUCAGAAAACUUCACAGAUGAUAAAUCAAUCAUUUUUAAAAAUACCGCACACUUCAACGGUAAAUGGCGCACAUCAUUUUCCAAAUUUGCUACAAGCCCUCAAAAAUUUUAUUCUCGAAUGGAGAUAAAAGGGCACACGGCGCCAUACGUUGAUAUGAUGCACGGAAUUAUUGGAGUUAAAUAUGGAAUUCUAGAGAAGUGGAACGCUCGAUUCAUUGAAUUGCCUUUUGCGGAGGAAAACCUAAGUAUGGUAGUCAUCCUUCCUCUCACAUCAUCAACGAUUAUCAGCAAGACAACACUGGCUAUAUUUUCAAGUAGCAAAAAUGUAUCAGCACUUGAGCAUCUGAUGAAAAACCUGAAUGAAUCCACAAUCAGUUCUUUUUUGAAUACUGCCGAAAUUGCCAAUGUUGAUAUACUGCUACCAAAAAUUGUAAUUAAUUCGGAAAUUAAUUGGAAAGAAUCGUUAAACCACCUGGGAGUGAGUGAUAUGUUUCAAUUGAAUUCCAAUUUUUCUGGUAUGACUGAUGGAUUGGUGGAAAACGUGAAAGUACUAGAAAACGUAUCGAUCAGUCUGAGCGAAGAAGGACUCAACCAACCGGAGGACCAUACGACCGCCGCGAAUGUCGAAUUCAAAGCCGAUAUCCCUUUCUUCUUUGCGAUUAUCAAGCGCUUCACUCCAGAAAAUCUGUUAGUGCUGUUCAACGGACAUUAUACCAAUCCUCCCUAGCCUGGAGGAAAGCCGUUUUGACGAUUUACAAAAAUUUUUACAAACUUUUAAAUCCAAUCUAUUGUAAAAUUUAUAAACAUU